AUGAUCACUGCCGCUCCCAGCGCAUUCCCCUGGGCUGGCGGUUUUGGUCCUGGCGGUCACGGUGGUCCUGGCGGAUGGAGAGGCGGCAAUGGAUACGGUCCUUUCGGCGCCAACAGCAACGGCACAAACUCUGGCUGGGGUCCUUGGGGCCAAAGCGGUGCUUGGACUGACGGACCUUGGACCUCUUGGUGGGGUGGAAGCAACUGCCCUGACAGCACCUGGUCUGGUUGGACCUCUGGCCCCUGGGGCACAAACGCACCCUGGACUUCUUGGUCGGGCUGCAAGGCUUCCACUACUGCCACAUCGACCGUCACCACUACCGUCUCGGGCGUACCCACCACUUCUAUUGCCUAUGGCAUUCAGGUGAAUGCCGCUUCUGCCGCUUCUACCGCCUCUGGUUCGGGUACCGCCGCUACGGCUUCCGCAACUGGCGCCGCUUCCAACCUCGGUGUUUCUGGUGCUGGUGUCGGUAUCGGAGCCGCUGUUGCUGCCGUGUUGAUGCUGUAA